UGUAUAUAGUAGUGUCGGCCAUGACGGAUAUAUUAACUCUGGUUUUUAGGACCUUUAUGUCCCAGCCAGCAGAGCAGCAGCAGCGGAGCGCCUCUCCUCUCUCCCCGGGCAGCAGCAGCCUCCUGCUGGCCGGAGACCCGGACACCAGCCGCUCUCUGCUGCUGCUGGCGGCCGUGACAGCAGCAGCAGAGAGCGGCCUGAGGGUGCUGUUCUUCAGCCGGAACCACAUCCAGAGCCUCCCGCCCUGCCUGACCCGGAGGAGCCCCAACCUGAGCCCCGACAGCCUGAAGAAGAUCCAGUUCCUGUACCCCCGGACGGUGGAGGAGCUGCUGCAGCAGGUGGCCGGCCUCCACCAGCCCUCCAACACGUCUCCAUCACCUCCAUCACUGGUCAUAGUGGACGGACUGGAGGGCUUCCUGUCUGCUCCUGCAGGAGUCCUCCAGCCAGGAGAGACGUCCAGCGCUGCUCACCUGUCUGCGCUGCUGUGUGACACCGCCUCCUUCCUGACACGCCUCCUGGAGGAGCGCCGCCCAGGCUCCGCCCCCUGCCGCCUCCUUGCCUCCUUCCAGUCCCAGGUGGAGGCCUCCGCCACGGACCCCGUCCUCGAGGUUCUCCAGCGAUACUUCCAGGUGCGCUGCACGCUGGAGCCGGACCGGAGCUGUGGAGCUGCUGCAGCGGGGCGGAAGGAGGCGUGGCACCUUUACCUGUCUGGGACCGGCCCCACAGAGACCUCCUGCUCCACAGAGGCCUCCUGCCCCACAGAGACCUCCUGCUCCACAGAGGCCUCCUGCUCCACAGAGGCCUCCUGCUCCACAGAGGCCUCCUGCUCCACAGAGACCUCCUGCUCCACAGAGGCCUCCUGCUCCACAGAGGCCUCCUGCUCCACAGAGGCCUCCUGCUCCAGACGCUGUGGGGACCGGCCGGCUGGGACCCAGAAGUGGCAGCUCCUACUGUCCCCCGAUGGGUUAAUGGAGUUUAAGUUGGUUUGA